CGAACCCGUCGUCGCAGGAGAAGCCAUGUCGUCGUGCGCCGAAGUCCUGCGUUUCCAACUUCCGGGCCACGAAGCCGCCGCCCUGCGGAGCAUGAACCGCCUGCGCGCCGAAGAACGUUUCUGCGACGUCACCAUCGUGGCGCGGAGCCUGCGCUUCCGAGGUCAUCGCGUCAUCCUGGCCGCGUGCUCCCCUUUCCUCCGCGACCAAUUCCUCCUCAACCCGGCGGCCGAGCUGCGCGUCUCGCUAGCCCACAGCGCCCGCGUGCUGGCCGACCUCCUCCUCUCCUGUUACACCGGCGCCCUCGAAUUCGCCGGCCGCGACCUCGUGAAUUACCUCACCGCCGCAAGCUACCUGCAGAUGGAACACGUCGUCGAACGCUGCCGCGGCGCCCUGGCGCGUUUCAUCCAACCGCCACCCCCCGCCGCGCAACCCCCGUUGCGACCCGCGCCGCCCCCGCCGCCGCCUCCGCCGCCCAAACCCGAGGAGGACGAGGAAGAGGAAGAGGAGGACGACGCCGCGCCCGAUGUCUGCAUCGUCAAAGUGGAACCGGCCGCCGCCGCCGCCGUGGCGGCGGCGGCGGCGCGAAGACGGCGGGGACCGCGGGUUUGGCCGCAAGCGACGGUGACGGCGGCGGCGGCGGAGGGAACGGCCCCCCCCGAACCUCCCCGGCCCCCGCCGCUCGGCGUGGUGAAGGCGUGUUACAGCCUGGCCGAGGACGCCGAAGGCGAGGGGCUCCUCAUCUUCCCCGGCGGCGGCGGCGGCGGUGGCGGCGCGGCGCCGGCGCCGACAUCAUCAUCAUCGGACGAACCGAACGUGGCCAACCCUUCGUCUUCCUCGUCGUCGUCGUCGGCGCGGUGCGGUAAAUGCGGCGAAGCUUUCCAAGGCGUUGAAAAAUUGGUGUUCCACAUGCGCGCCCAACAUUUCGUCUUCAUGUGCCCGCGUUGCGGCAAACAGUUCAACCACAGCAGCAACCUCAACCGCCACAUGAACGUCCACCGCGGCGUCAAAUCCCACGGCUGCGGCGUCUGCGGCAAAAGCUUCACCCAAAAAUCCACCCUCCACGACCACAUGAACCUGCACAGCGGCGAACGUCCCUACCGCUGCUCCUACUGCGACGUCCGCUUCGCGCACAAACCCGCCAUCCGCCGCCACCUCAAGGAGCAGCACGGCAAAACCACGGCCGAGAACGUGCUGGAGGCCAGCGUGGCCGAGAUCAACGUGCUCGUGCGUUGAAAAAAAAAAG